GGGCAGCGGCCCCGCCUCCUCUUCCUCCUCCUCCUUGCAGAUCGAGCGUCCGGAGCAGACGUCCGGCUGACUUUGGCGUCCUUCUCUUACCUCGGCAGCUAGUACAGUCUUCUCCAGUCUGGGUGAAAUGGCGACCCUUAAGGAAAAACUCAUUGCACCUGUGGCAGAAGAGGAGACGGCUGUUCCAAACAAUAAGAUCACCGUAGUGGGUGUCGGACAAGUCGGUAUGGCAUGUGCUAUCAGCAUUCUGGGAAAGUCUCUGGCGGAUGAGCUUGCCCUGGUGGAUGUACUGGAAGACAAGCUCAAAGGCGAAAUGAUGGACUUGCAGCACGGGAGCUUAUUCCUUCAGACUCCUAAAAUUGUGGCAGACAAAGAUUACUCCGUGACAGCCAAUUCUAAGAUUGUGGUAGUGACUGCGGGAGUCCGUCAGCAGGAGGGGGAGAGUCGGCUUAACCUGGUGCAGAGAAAUGUCAACGUGUUCAAGUUCAUCAUUCCUCAGAUCGUCAAGUACAGCCCUGACUGUACCAUCAUCGUCGUGUCCAACCCAGUGGACAUUCUGACAUACGUCACCUGGAAGCUAAGCGGGCUACCCAAGCACCGUGUGAUCGGAAGCGGAUGCAAUCUGGAUUCUGCCCGGUUUCGCUAUCUGAUGGCUGAGAAACUUGGUAUUCACCCCAGCAGCUGCCAUGGGUGGAUUCUGGGAGAACAUGGUGACUCCAGUGUGGCUGUGUGGAGUGGGGUGAAUGUGGCAGGCGUUUCUCUCCAGGAACUAAAUCCAGAAAUGGGAACGGACAACGACAGUGAGAACUGGAAGGAGGUGCAUAAGAUGGUGGUAGACAGUGCCUAUGAAGUCAUCAAGCUAAAAGGAUAUACCAACUGGGCUAUUGGGUUAAGUGUGGCUGACCUCAUUGAAUCCAUGUUGAAAAAUCUAUCUCGGAUUCACCCAGUGUCAACAAUGGUGAAGGGAAUGUAUGGCAUUGAAAAUGAAGUCUUCCUGAGCCUCCCGUGCAUCCUCAAUGCUCGGGGGUUAACCAGUGUCAUCAACCAGAAGCUAAAAGAUGAUGAGGUCGCUCAGCUCAGGAAGAGCGCGGACACCCUGUGGGACAUCCAGAAGGAUCUGAAAGACCUGUGACUCCCGGGUUCUAGGCUGUAGAAAUCUACAAACUACAAUGUGAUUAACCCUGAGCCUUUAGUCUUCAGCCCUGUAUAUGGGUCACAGUUUGCUUCUCCCCUUACAUGUGAUAUGAGCUCACGGAUCAAAGCCCAGCCUUGUUUAAUGCUUGCACUAUGAGCUCUUGAACAAAUAAAGUUAGUUAUUGCAGUGUG